GGUCAUGCCAUGUUCGGAGGCAUCAUAAUGGGCUUAAUUAAUGGGCUUCUUCGGGGAUAAUGUUUUCGCGGGAAGCAACGGGUUAAUAGGUGCGGGAGGCAUACGUGGCUUUGGUACACGUAGGAUUGCGCGCCAAAGACCGAAAUAAAUCUAAACCCUUGUUCUUCUUCUUCUUCUUCUUCGUCGUCUUCAUCGUCUUCUCCAUCUCUCUCCUCUCUGCAUCUGACACUCGCUACAGACAUUGCUGAAAAAAUGAGUGCACCGGAGUCUUCUAGAUUCAAAUCGAAGAAACGAUUAUCGAUGGAUUCUCCAUGUUCAAAAUCGCAAAUCGGAAGCCCUAAUCUGUCUUCUGUAUCCUUGCCCACGCCGGAGAAGCCGCCGGAGAGCCCUACUCUGGGUAAAUUCUUCGAUGCGUUGGAUAGUUCGAUCCUAUUAUCAAAAUUGAGAGGUUCUAAGCCGACAUUUUCCAACAUUUCGAAGAUAAUCGAGCAUUUAACCCAAAGGAGUUUUUGCUACAGUCACUUGGCUCAACUAAAGCAUAUAUUGCCUGAAGCGAUCGAGAUUAAGAGAGUAUUGAUACAUGAUGAAACAACUUGCUGUAUGAAACCAGAUCUUCAUGUUUCACUCAACGCCGAUGCAGUUGUAUACGAUGACAAGUCGAUAUCGGAAAGUAAGAGAAUCAAUCUCCGGAAAGUGUUCAGGGCAAGACUUGCAGAGUUUGUUAAAACUCAUCCUCAGGGUGAUGAAGUUCCAGAGGAACCGCUUCCUGAGCUAUUUAAUACAAGGAAACCAAAUGAAAACUCAGAAGUUGAGGUUGGGUGUGUUAGUUCUGUCAUGGAAGAGAUGGCUUCUAUUCCAGUAGCUAAAUUGAUUUCAUCUCCCAUCACAUCGACUCCAUCAGAGUUUAACAUCGUACAUUCAACGCCUGCUAAAAUUGACUCAACACCAGUUGUUGUUGCUUCGACUCCACCUGAAUUUGCUUCAACUCCUGUCCGGCUGUUUAGUACUUCACAGGAAGCUCGCUCGCAGAAAAGAAGUAGUGGUUCUACAAAUCCAGAUGAUGUUUCUGCUGACCCACCGGUUAAGCUUGUGAGGCGUUCCUUGUUGCUGAACUUUGAUUCUUGUUCUGAGGACAAGAAAGCUAUGGAUGUGACAGUUGAUCAGACCAUUGUUCAAGUACCAGAAGAUGUAUCCAGUAAUGAUGAAGAAAUCCUCAGCAUGCUUCCUGAUAAGCUUCGACAAUCGAUAAAAGAUCAAGAGAUGAAAACAAAUGAGGAUCAAAAUCCAGCAAUCUCACUGGCAAAGAGAAGGCGAGAGAUGAUCGCUUGUCUACCUAAACUUUUCGAUGUCAUCCAUUACAUAAUUCAAUCGAUAAGGCGUUGGGUAAUCACAAAAGAAGAGCUUGUGCAUAAGAUAAUCGCCGGUCAUUCUGAUAUUACCGACAGAAAAGAAGUUGAAGAACAACUGAUCCUAAUGCAGGAGCUUGUCCCGGAAUGGAUGUCUGAAAAAAGAUCAUCAAGCGAAGAUUUACUAGUAUUCAUAAACAAAUUGGCAUCUCCCCUAACAAUUCGAUCCCGUCUAGAAGAAGAAAACAAGCAAGAGAUGGCUUCACCGCUUUCUUGAGAUCGCGGUUCCAUUGGCUGCGAUUAUACUACGUUACUUUUUCUGGCGAUUGUUUUGAACGACACUGUCGUCACUGUUUAUCAUCUCUGUCAAAGCUAAUUGAUCGCUGGAUUUAAAACCUAUCAAAAUCUCAGUGUUAAUUUUUUAGUCGCUAACGACAGUGAAAAGAACACGGCCAAACUACUUAGGAGGGUGUGUUAAUCUAUUUUCGACCAUUAUGUCAUUUCUGAUUUCUAUAUUAAUAAGGAGUCAUUUUAUCAUUAGUUUUUGUAUCAGAAAGCUUAACAGAACAAUGCUAACAUGUUAAAUCCUAGAAUGAUAGUUUUGGGUUAGUUAUUGGGCUUUAAAAAUUAA